AUGCUUGAAGCAAAUGAACAAAGUACAANAGGAUCAAAACUUGAUCUGCGUGAUAAAUGGAAGGAGAANCUAUGUGANGAGGAAGAUAGACAGAAAUNUAAGGAACGUCAAGCAUGGAAGAAGAAAAUUGAGGAAGCUGGUGCAGAGUUUCAUGCCAAUGUUAAAAAGGUUCUUGUUGAGUUAGCUGAGCUCCAGGAUAGAGAAGUUGGUGAUGGGACUACAUCUGUUGUUAUUGUAGCUGCUGAGUUGCUGAAGAAGCCAAACGAUUUGGUCAGGAACAAAAUACAUCCAACAUCAUAUGUAGUGACCUGCAUUGCAGAAGUUGAAAAGCUUAGAAAAGUUCCAUUGAUAAACUGUGCUAAAACCAACAAGGGCAUUAAUAUCCUGAAAGCUCAUGGACAAAGUGCAAGAGACAGCUAA